CUUAAUAUUGUUUUCUUUUGUGUUUAUCGAUAAUAAACAUUUACUUAUUCUGACGUAAAACCCAUCUUGUUUGACAAAACCAAUACUGCUUAAUGAUAUUCAUUGAACAAACUGUAUCUGUACAUUUGGUGAUGUUUUGAGUUGAGCUGUUCUGAUUAUGUUCUUCUUGACCAUUCAGUAGCCUGGUAGACAUGAACAUCGUGCACCUAUUUCUGUUGACCGGAUUAUUUCUAGUCGGUAUCCCCCUCAUUCAUGCAAGUCCCUACCAAGUACAGUGUCUAUCAUCGCCAUAUGCAUCUUCAAUAUAUGCUCGGUCACGUUAUGCGUAUGUCAGUUAUGGAACGUACACGGUAUAUCCAGAUGGCAUCCUGUUGAGUACAAAUACCACUAACAAUGUGCUGAAACUUACAUUCCGCCAUGUGGAAUUUGGGCCAGUGUGUUCCACAUCCUACGUCCGUGUGUAUGAAGGUAAAACGCCGUAUGGAAGACUAUUGAAGAAGUUCUGUGGAACUAAGAGUCAGGAUAUUCAGAGCACGGGACAAUAUGUUUUUAUAACGUAUACAAGCCAGCAAACUGAUAGACGAUUCGAUCUGAGAUGCCAAAGCACUCCGAAAACAUCUGACACAUCCACCUCGAAUUCCAAAGGCAUCAUCGGGGGCGUGGUUGCUGUUGUUGUUGCUGUAUGCGUCAUCGCAGGCGUUGUUUUUCGUUUCAAAUAUCGAGGUAGAAGACAUAGAAACAACAGGCAAGCAGCUGUCGCUGCCCCUUCUAACGUCAACAUCACCAAUAUCAACACACCCAUCAGCUAUCCAUCUAACUCAUCAGCACAGACAGUGAUGCAGCAUUCGUCGUAUCCAGCACAUGGGCAGUAUCAACCUCAGACCCAGCAUCAAUAUCAAUCUCAAAGUUCAUAUCCAGUUCAAGCGGCAAGUCAGUACCAGCCUGAGCCCCUGUGUCAGCCUCAGUAUCCCCAACAUCAGCCUCAGCCUCAGCCUCAACCCCAGGGUCAGCCUGUGUAUCCUCCACCACAGCCUCCAUAUGCUGUUCAAUCUGACUUUCCUACCCAGCAGCAGCCUACAGCGCCACCUAUAGAUGAUGGUGCUGAUCUCCCUCCUCGGUAUCCUGGUUCAGAGGCUCAACUUGAAACAUCCAAAGUUAAACAGUGAAAACAUGAACAAGUGACUGACACACGGAGGGUGUAUAUUGUUGGAAGAUGAAAGCUGAGAGUCAGAACGCAAUUCAACCGUACAUGCAUAUACAUACACGUAUACUACAAUCAAGCACAUUCCAGUAAAUGUUGUUUAUCUGUAAACAUUUGUUGUUUGACGCAUCAGUGAAAUUUUGUUAUGUCCAAUGCAAUUCCUUAUUUUGACUUGUACCAUAUGUUUCCGUGUUUUUUCACUUGCCUUUGCAUGUGUUUGUGACGGAUGCCAC